AUGGUUGAACAACGAGUCGACGCCGCUCUGCAAGCCGCUCUUGCUGAGAACGGAGACUUGGAAGAUGAGGACAUCGUGAACAUCCGAGCAGGAGUCUUCGACGCAUAUGGAAUGCCGAGAUACCGCCCACGCACUCCGUUGCGCGUGUUCAUCGAUAAUGCUGUCGAGGAGCACUUGAUGCCGGGCGUGAGAAUGCAGGCGCCGAGGGCUAACGCCGUUCAAGUGAUGGACAGAUAUGAACCCAUAUCUCCUUAUCAGAGCGACAACGACGACGACGACGACGACGAGGAACCAGUGAGACCACCAAGGGCCCCGGGACGUCCUCCCCUCGAUCGUUAGUGACCAGACUCGGCCACUAUCAGUAAUCAUACGUUUUCAGAGCACGACUUGGAGGAGUUCGCGCAGGAGUUGAUCGAUCCUCACUAUGGGAUCAGACGGCGGAUGCGUCUUCGGCUUGAGGCAAUGUUCUUGGACCAGUUCCGCGGAUACCAGCGCCUCGAACAUUUCUAUGAUAGCUUCGACCCAGAAGUGAACAACAACAACGGCCAAUACCGUAAUUACAACGGCUAUCUCUCGCCGUCCCCGUCGCCGUCUACGUCACCAGCCGAAUCAGAGUUCGAUGAAGUCGAAUUCGAUGACAUCGACCCGCUCGAUGAAGCCGACAAUGACGACGAGGACAUCGAUUUGCUCAGCCUUCAGAUGAUGGGAGUGCAGGCAAUUGCUCCGAGACGACGCAAGCGAACCAAUUCGGACGGUCACGAGGUCGUGAAGAAGAAGAGAGUCACUUUCAAAGACGAGUCUUCCGAGGAGGUCGAUCAUACUGACAAUGUUAUUAUGUUUAAUGUAAUCGUAUUCUUUCAGGUGUUGGAUGGACCGGAGAGUGACUCAUCCGAUUCCAACGACGACAAAGAAGGAUCUUCCCGCAAAGGUACACACACAAGUGUAUACAGAAUAGUUAUAUGUUUUCAGCUUUCGAUGACGAUGAUGAUGAUUUCGUCAGAGACGGAGCCUCUUCUACCAGCCAACUCUGCGCUUAA